UCUCUCUCUCUGUAUUUACAUCUACUUCCUCCUACAUUGAUCGAUUCCUAGGGCUCCAAUUGCCCGACCAUCCGCACCAACGGUCCCAUGUAGAACAAACAAACAAACACACACUAAUUAGAUACAACAAACCCUAGGGUUAGGGUUAGAGAAAUAGAUACAGGGACGGUAAAAUCAUUAGGGUUCCAAAGUUCCAAUCAUCAUGUUUAAAAUCAUCAAACGGGGACAACGCAAGAGCUCCAAGCCCGAAUCCAUCGAGCCCCCCACCUCCAGCGUGCCGCCGCCCAGCGUCACCGUAAACCACGCCUCCCGCUCCUCCGCUGCCGCGGCCGCCCCGCCCCCACCGGCUGGGCCCAAUUCCCUGCCCGCGCUCAACUCCGCAGCCACGGAGGUCCUGCCCCCGUUGAAGGACGUCCCCGCGUCGGAUCGCCACGUGCUGGUCCUCCGUAAGUUCCAAGUCUGUUGCUUUUCGUUCGAUUUCUCUGAUACCUUGAAAUCGGCCCGCGAGAAAGAGAUCAAGAGGCAAACGCUGUUAGAAUUACUCGAUUUGGUUCAGUCGGGUUCGUGUAAAUUGAAUGAGACAUUGCAAGAGGAGUUGGUUAGGAUGAUCUCGGUGAACAUUUUCCGGUGCUUACCGCCGGCGUCUCAUGAGAAUAGUGCUAGCGAAACCGGUGAUCCGGACGAGGAUGACGUUUAUUUGGAGCCCUCGUGGCUUCACUUACAAUUGGUGUAUGAGUUGCUAUUGAGAUACAUUGUGUCUUCUGAUACUGACACUAAGGUUGCAAAACGCUACAUUGAUCACUCGUUCGUGUUGAAACUGCUUGACUUGUUUGAUUCAGAGGAUCCACGGGAACGGGAGUAUUUGAAGACUAUUCUUCAUCGUAUCUAUGGGAAAUUCAUGGUACAUCGCCCGUUUAUAAGGAAGGCGAUAAACAACAUUUUCUACCGGUUUAUAUUCGAAACAGAGAGGCACAGUGGGAUUGGUGAGUUUUUGGAGAUUCUUGGGAGUAUUAUAAAUGGGUUUGCGUUGCCGAUGAAAGAGGAGCAUAAGUUAUUCCUUACUCGGGCGCUUAUACCGCUUCACAAGCCUAAGUCUAUUUCCACGUAUCAUCAACAGUUGUCGUACUGCAUUACCCAGUUUGUUGAGAAAGAUUAUAAGUUGGCUGAUACUGUCAUUAGGGGUUUGUUGAAGUACUGGCCAGUGACUAAUUGUGGGAAGGAGGUUCUCUUUCUUGGAGAAUUGGAGGAAGUUUUAGAAGCUACUCAGUCUGCGGAAUUCCAGCGGUGCAUGGUUCCUCUUUUCCGACAGAUUGGACGCUGCCUCAACAGCUCUCAUUUCCAGGUAGCAGAGCGAGCGCUAUUCUUGUGGAACAACGAACACAUAGUGGGCUUGAUUGCCCAGAACCGACAAGUAAUUUUGCCACUCAUUUUCGAAGCAUUGGAGAGGAAUAUGCAGGGCCACUGGAACCAGGCGGUUCACGGGCUGACCGGUAAUGUGCGAAGAAUGUUCCUGGAGAUGGAUGCUGAGCUGUUUGAAGAGUGUGACCGGCAGUUUGCGGAGAAAGAAGCUAGGUCUCGUGACUUGGAAGAGCAGCGCGAGUUGAACUGGAAGAGACUUGAAGCAGUUGCUUGUCAAUCUAGUGGGGACCACAUGGUUAUGGUUCGAUAAACUCUUCUCGCCCAUAUCCUUUCUAUGGCAUGAGCCCUAUUUUGUUUUAUCAUAUGGAGUUCAGAUUCUCUCCAAGCCACUUGAUGGACUGGAGGGUCCAGUUGGGCAACAUCGCAUAUUUUGAUGUUUGUUCAUAUUUUAGGCCCAUGUUCGGGGAUGGUCUCGAGAAAAAUUUGACUAAUCCGAUACUUGUAGCUGUCUGAUUUCAUCAUAUUUAUUUAUUUGCUUGUUCUUAAAAUCAUAUGUUGCGAUUUUUUGAAAAUGAAUAUGAAGAAACCACCAUUACAGUUAUUGAAUCAAUCUGAUUUCUUGUCCAGGGAUGAUCUACAAAAAGGGGCUUAGAACAUGAACAAUACGGAAUUCAUCAAAGUAGACUAUGUGGCAGGCCCAUGUGGCCCAACUAGACCUUCCAAUCCAUCAGUGGCAUGUCCCAAUUAGACCAUCCACUCCAUCAAGUGGCGGAGAAGCCGCCUUCAUGUCAAGAAACCUAGGGAUCUAUCAUUAGCAAAAUUUAGCUGUGGGUGUCCGCAAGUGAUCAAUUCUUGUGAAGACAUUUUGGUAUGCCUUCUGCUUUAGCUGCUUAUAUCUUUCACUUCUCAUAGGGAAAAGGGGGCUGUUUAAUUAGUCUUUGUUUCUUCAUUUUGAUUAAGCCCAGCCCUUGAUCCUUUGUUUUUGUUGUCUCCUGGUAUCGGGGUAGGCGGUAUUUUGUAUGGUGUUCUUUUGUCGUGAUUACGAUAAUAACAUAUGAUAACUUUUCCGGCUGGACAGUCUUUUUAUCUGAUUAGAAGAACAGAUCAAUAUGGCUGUGUUGAAUAUAAAUAUGAUUUGUUCGUUCA